AUGGGUGCAGAAGGAGGACACACCUCCACACAACCCGGGAUGCACCGGGGCUACAAGCACAGCCGGGAGACCAGACAGACAAUGGGGUCUGGCUCUCCAGGGCUGGACCCCACGGAGUCGCCUCCGUCCGUGCUGGACAGCUUCCAGGCGGGGGAGGUGCAGGUGGGCAGGAGCGUGGAACUCCCCUGCGCUGCGUCCGGCUACCCCAACCCCGCUAUCCGCUGGAUAAGGGGCCCGACCUUGCCCCUGCCCUGCUCACAGCGACUCAGACCACGACACCUCACCGGCCUCACCGUCAGUGACCUGCGCCUGGAGGACAGUGGCAACUACAUCUGCGAAGUCACCAACAGCUUCGGCUCAAAGGAGGUCACCGGACACCUCAACGUCAUCGAGACGUUGCGGGUGACGUUGUCCCCUAAGAACCUAAAGACAGGCAUCAGCAGCACGGUCAUCCUGUCAUGUGCGGUCCAGGGUUCUCCCCACUACACCGUGUCGUGGUUCCGCAACACAGAGCCGGUUCUGCCCGACCAGCACUUCUCCAUCCAGGGGGCGCACAAUGAGACGCUGUUCAUCACCGCCGCACAGAAGCGCCACUCGGGCGCCUACCAGUGCUUUGCCACGCGCAAGGGCCAGACUGCACAGGACUUCUCCAUCAUCCUGCUGGAGGAUGGGACCCCGCGGAUCGUGUCGUCCUUCAGCGAGCGUGUGGUGGCGCCGGGCGAGCCCUUCUCCCUGAUGUGCGCAGCCAAGGGCGCGCCGCCGCCCACCAUCAGCUGGACCCUGGACGAUGAGGCCAUCGCGCGGGACUCGGCGCUGCGGGCCAGCCAGUACACGCUCUCCGACGGCAGCACCGUCUCGCACGUCAACGUCAGCAACCCGCCAGAUCCCGCGGACGGGCGUGUACAAUGUGUGGCGCGCAAUUCCGCCGGUAGCGCCGAGUACCAAGCGCGCAUAAACGUAAGAGGGCCCCCCAGCAUCCGCGCCAUGCGGAACAUCACGGCGGUGGCGGGCCGCAACACCUUCAUCAACUGCCGCGUGAUUGGCUACCCGUACUACUCUAUCAAGUGGUACAAGGAGGGCAUGCAGCUGCCCGACAACCACCGGCAGAUGGUGUACGAGAACGGCACGCUGAAGCUGAGCGACGUCCAGAAGGGCAUGGACGAGGGCGCCUACCUGUGCAGCGUGCUCAUCUCCCCGCAGGUCUUCAUCACCCAGACCGUCUACGUCACCGUCAAAGUUCCCCCCCUCAUCCAGCCGUUUGACUUCCCGCCCACGUCCAUCGGGAAGCUGAUGUACGUGGCGUGCGUGGUGUCGUCGGGCGACAUGCCCAUCCGCUUCACCUGGCGCAAGGACGGCCAGGAGAUCAGGCACGACGGCAACUCGGGCGUCACCAUAGAGACCAAGGAGUUCAUGAGCUCGCUGCAGAUCUCCAAGGUGUCGCUCAAGCACAACGGCAACUACACCUGCAUCGCCAGCAACGACGCCGCCACCGUCAGCACCGAGAGACAGCUCAUCGUCACCGUUCCUCCCCGCUUUGAAGUCCAGCCCAAUAACCAAGAUGGCAUCUACGGCAAGUCAGGGAUCCUCAACUGCUCAGUCGAUGGCUACCCCCCUCCCAAAGUUAUGUGGAAACAUGCCAAAGGGAACCCACAGCAGUACCACCCGGUUCCUCUCACGGGUCGUAUCCAGCUCAUGUCCAACGGGUCAUUGCUGAUCCGGCACGUUCUGGAGGAGGACCGUGGUUACUACCUAUGCCAGGCCAGCAACGGCGUCGGCUCCGAUAUCAGCAAGAGCAUGAUGCUCACAGUCAAAAUCCCAGCGAUGAUCACGUCUCACCCCAACACCACCAUGGCCAUCAAGGGUCAGAACAAGGAGUUGAACUGCACGGCGCGGGGCGAGUGGCCCAUCAUCAUCCGCUGGGAGCGCGGCGACACCGUCAUCGACCCCGACCGCAACCCCCGCUACUCCAUCACCACCAGUCCCAACGAGAAGAGCGACGAGGUGGUCUCCACCCUCAAGCUUAUGCCAGCGGAACGUGGGGACUCUGUGUUCUUCUCCUGCCACGCCAUUAACUCCUAUGGAGAGGGCCGAGGCCUCAUCCAGCUCACUGUGCAAGAGCCCCCUGACCCACCGGAGCUGGAGGUGAGGGAGGUGAAGGACCGCAGCAUGAACCUCCGCUGGACACAGCGUUUCGACGGCAACAGCAUCAUCACCAGCUACGACAUUGAGUACAAGAACAAAUCUGACCCCUGGGAGCUGAAGCACUCCACGCGUAAGAUCUCCCCCACCAACAACCAGGCCAACAUCGUGGAGCUUCAUCCGGCCAGUGUGUACAGCAUCCGCAUGUACUCCUACAACAAAAUCGGACGCAGCCAGGCCAGCAAGGAGCUCACCAUCAGCACGGAGGAAGCACAACCUGAUGGGCCUCCCAUGGAAGUGACUCUGCUGCCCAUGACCUCACAAAGCAUACGGGUCACAUGGAAGGCUCCUAAGAAGGAGCUUCAGAACGGGGUGAUCCGCGGCUACCAGAUCGGCUACCGUGAGAACGGCCCGGGCAGUAACGGGCAGUACAGCAUCGUGGAGAUGAAGGCCACGGGUGACAGUGAGGUGUACACGCUGGACAACCUGAAAAAGUUCGCCCAGUACGGCGUGGUGGUACAGGCCUUCAACCGCGCCGGCACUGGACCCUCUAGCUCCGAGAUCAACUGCACCACUCUGGAGGAUGUGCCCAGUCAGCCUCCUCAGAACGUGCGGGCGAUCACGGUGACGUCGGACGAGGCGGUGAUCACGUGGGCCGAGCCCCCACGCAUGACGCUGAACGGCGUGCUGAAGGGGUACCGCGUGGUCUACUGGUCCCUCUACCCAGACGGAGAGUGGGGAGAGAUGCAGAACAUCACCACCACCCGUGAGCAGGUGGAGCUGAAGGGCCUGGAGAAGUUCACCAACUACAGCAUCCAGGUGCUGGCCUACACUCAGGCCGGGGACGGCGUCCGCAGCAACGUCCUCUACAUACAGACACGAGAGGACCACCCAGGUCCCCCUGCGGGCAUCAAGGCUGUGCCCGCCUCUGCCACCAGUGUGGUGGUGUCCUGGCUCCCCCCAAACAAGCCCAAUGGAAUCAUCCGCAAAUACACCAUCUACUGCUCCAGUCCCGGAUCAGGCCAACCGGCCCCUAGUGAGUACGAAGCCAGUCCAGAGGUGUUGUUCUACCGGAUCACACACCUGAACCGCGGUCAGCAGUACCUCAUCUGGGCAGCUGCAGUCACCACUGCUGGUCGCGGCAACAUGAGCGAGAAGGUGACCGUGGAGCCUGCUGGGAAGGCGCCCGCUAAGAUCCUGUCUUUCGGGGGUACGGUGACCACGCCGUGGAUGAAGGAGGUCAGGCUUCCAUGUAGCUCCGUGGGAGAGCCCACGCCCACCAUCAAAUGGACCAAAGACAGUGAGGACUCCGCCAUCCCAGUGUCCCAGGACGGCCACCGCCUCAUCAUGUCCGACGGCACCCUUGUGCUCCGCUUGGUCAAAGCAGAAGACUCUGGCUACUACACGUGCACGGCCACCAACACUCUGGGCUUCGAUACCAUCCUCGUCAACCUCGUGGUGCAAGUACCUCCUGACCAGCCACGCCUGACUGUCUCCACCACCUCCACCUCCUCCAUCACCCUGGCCUGGAUACCUGGAGACAACGGCGGCAGCUCCAUCAGAGGCUUUGUGCUGCAGUACUCAGUGGACAACACUGAGGAGUGGCGCGACGUGUUCAUCAGCUCGAGCGAGCGGUCCUUCAAGCUGGACAACCUGCGCUGUGGCACCUGGUACAAGGUCAAGCUGGCGGCCAAGAAUAGCGUCGGGGCCGGACGCAUCAGCGAGAUCAUCGAGGCCAAGACCCACGGGAGAGAGCCCCAGUUUAAUAAGGACCAGCCUCUGGUCACGCACAUCAACUCCACGCACGCACGGCUCAACCUGCAGGGCUGGACGAGUGGCGGAUGCCCCAUCAACGCCGUGCUGCUGGACUUCCGGCCCAAGGGCACGUGGGCGUGGCAGAGCGUGCGCACCAACGCCUCGGCCGACAUCUUCCUGGCCGAGCUGCGCGAGGCCACCUGGUACGAGCUCAAGAUGAAGGCCUGCAACAGCGCCGGCUGCGGCAACCAGACCUCGCAGUUCGCCACGCUCGACUACGACGGCAGUACCAUUCCUCCCAUCAAGUCUGCGCGUGGGGAGGGGGACGACGUGAAGAAGCUGUUCUCCAUUGGCUGCCCCGUCAUCCUGGUCACUCUAGGCAUGGCCCUGCUCUUCAUCAUCCGCAAGAAGCGCAAGGAGAAGAGGCUCAAGAGACUCCGAGAUGCCAAGAGCCUGGCUGAGAUGCUGAUUAGUAAGAACAAUCGCAGCUUUGACACCCCAGUGAAGGGCCCGCCCCAAGGCCCACGACUCCACAUCGAUAUCCCCCGUGUCCAGCUCCUCAUCGAGGACAAGGAGGGCAUUAAGCAGAUUGGUGAGGACAAGGCCACUAUCCCAGUGACAGACACAGAGUUCAGCCAAUCAGUGAACCCGCAGAGCUUCUGCACAGGCGUGUCUGUCCAUCACCCCGCCCUCAUCCAGAACACUGGUCCUUUGAUUGACAUGUCGGAUAUCAGACCAGGCACAAACCCUGUGUCGAGGAAGAGUGUGAAAUCGGCCCACAGCACACGGAACCGCUACUCCAGCCAGUGGACCCUGACCAAGUUGUGGCUUCGACGCCAAGGCAAGAUCCACGUCCGGACUGGUGACGACUGAGGCUCCCAGAGACAGAUCACCGCCACCGAGAGGACAGCUAUAGCCAGCUCCCUGUGCUCCGCUGCAGAUAAGGGUCGUAAUAGCAUGGUGUCGACGGAGAGCGCCUCGUCCACCUACGAGGAGCUGGCGCGGGCCUACGAGCACGCCAAGCUGGAGGAGCACCUCCAGCACGCCAAGUUCGAGAUCACCGAGUGCUUCAUCUCGGACAGCUCGUCCGACCAGAUGACCACGGGCACCAACGACAACGCCGACAGCAUGACGUCCAUGAGCACACCGUCUGAGCCGGGCAUCUGCCGCUUCACCGCCUCGCCGCCCAAACCGCAGGACUACGACCGCGGCAAGAACGUGGCCGUGCCUAUCCCACACCGUGCCAACAAGAGUGACUACUGCAACCUGCCCCUGUACAUGAAGACGGACCCGUUCUUCCGCAAGCAGGCGGAGCUGCACGACCCGUGUCCAGUGGUUCCUCCGCGCGAGGCGUCCAUCCGCAGCCUGGCGGCGCGGGCCUACCACACGCAGGGCCGCCACAUGACGCUGGACGCCGCGUCCAAGCAGCAGCAGGCGCUCACGCUGGCCCACGCCGGCCUCAGCAGCCUGACCAGCUCGGCCUCCGGAACCUCCACGCUGCCACAGAGGACUCUGACCAUGCCCGGCUCGGGCUCGGCCCAGAGCGCAGCAGCAGCGGCGGCGGCAGCGGCGGCGGCGUCCGCCUCGGCGUCCGGCUCGGGGGCCUCGGGCGCGUCCGGUCAGAACCCCGGCUCGUCCAGCAAGGUGGGCGGCUCCAGAGACUCUCUGCUAGAGAGCAGCUCGUCUGGGCUGGGCAGACUGCAGAAGCAGAGCGCCGGCGCCUACUCCAAGUCCUACACGCUGGUGUAGCGUAGCGGAGCGCCGCGCUGGGGGUGGGGGCAUGCGAUGGAGAGGUGGAGGCAGGGCAGGGGUCACUGGGCGGGGUGGAAGCUCACUAUCCUUUCCUCCUGCUGCCUGAAAGACGGAGCCGGAGGUGGCUGUAGGGACAGAGGCCAGGGGCACAUGCACACGCACACACACACACACACACACACACACACACACACACACACACACACACACACACACUCUCUCACACACCUGUGGGCCAGCUGUCGGUCUCACGUGACAUCAUGACAUCGUGACAACGUGACAUGACCAGACACAAGCCGCUGACAAAGGCGGAGAGGAUUAAUCAGCACAGAGGUUUUUCUCCUCCUCUCUCUCUCUCUCUCUCUCUCUCUCUCUCUCUCUCUCUCACUUACUGUCAUUCUUUCUCUUUUUUUAUCCUCAACUAUCAGUCCAUUCAUCUAGCUCUUCUCCAGCUCUACAGCUUCUCUCUUUCACUGCUGUUCUUCCUCUCCCUCCCUCUGCUGUCCCUGGUCUUAAGAUUUGAGAUGAAUGCCAAACCCAAUACUCUCGGCUCACAUUUCACUCGUUUACUUCCUCACUCUUUCUCUCCCUAUCUCUCUCUCUUCAUCUCUCUCUAUCUGUCUCUUUCGCCCCUCCUGUCAGUUGUGUUUGCGGUCACCUCCCCAUCGCUCGCUGUCAAAGACACCUUGGACCUUAUGCACGAAAUACUUUCCAUGUGCACUUGUUUUUUUUUAUUAUUAUUUUUCUUUUUCUUCUUUUGAAGGUAGGAAGUACCAUUUUAAGAUAUAUAUACAUAUAUCUGCACACAUUUACCGUCCUAGAUGUGUUAGGCUGUUUUUUUCUCUAUAGUUUGUUUUUUGGGGGGUUCUUUUGAAUAGAAAAAAAGGAAAACAAAAAACUAAAGAGAAGAAAAACGUCUUUGGUGGAACCUAUUUCAUACUCUGGCUGUUAGCCACGGAAAGUGCUUAUGCAUACACUACAACCCAACCUUGGUGUCUCCUUAGCCCAUCCCCACACCCCCCCAACCCCCCACCCCACCCCACCCCACCCCACCCAACCCACUCCUGUCUGGUCUGGACAAGGACUAUACACUCACUACAAAAAAAACUAUUCCAAGGCUGAGGACACAGUCGCCAUAUAGUAUUUGAGUCUUUGGAAUUUUUCUUUUUUUUUUCAUGCAAUUGAUGACACAUUAUAGAAUAUUAUUGACUGUUUUAUAGACAAAGCUGAAGAAAAAGAGAAAAAAAAAAGCAACUUGUCUGGAUUCUUCUUCCUGGAAGACGGAAGGGAACUGUAUUUUUUCAUGAUUUGGCUUUUUUCAUGUUAUUGGUUCUGUCUUUGUUUUAUUUGGUUUUUUUUGUUUGUUUGUUUUAAAAAAAACAACUCAAUGAUGAACUCGUGCACUAAAGGAGAAUGAAGAGGAGCCACUGAGAUCCCCUGCCCUCUCCCACACCUGUGUGUGUCUACGAACAUGUGUGUGUGUGUGUGUGUGUGUGCGUGCGUGUGUGUGUGUGCGUGCGUGUCUUUAAUAUGUAAAUACAUGUGAGCACAUGCGGCAGGCACCACUGGAGAACUAGUUUGAUCACCUGUGUGUGUGUGUGUGUGUGUGUGUGUGUGUGUGUGUGUGUGUGUGUGUGUGUGCUCAUCUGGCAGACACACUCCUCUGUGCAGUGUUGGGUUGUCUGUUGAUUCAACCUGUGUUUAUUUGUUUGUUUGUGUGUGUGUUUGUUUUUGCCCUGAGUUGAGAUGGAUAUGAAGACUGCCAUUCAGUAGCUGUGCUGUGUAACUGGGCCGCGUGGGGAGUUGUCUUUGCUUAUAGAACGUGUAGCGCUAUCAAGGAUAUGGCACGGAUGGAAAGGUGGACCACAAGAGAGAGGAAUAGAGGUAAAGACAGAGAGAGGGAACAGUGAAGUAGAGAGAGAGAGAUGGACUUGUGAAUUGUGGCGAGAAAAACCUGCAUACAUCACUCUUGAUGAUUGUGUAAGAAAUUGCCAUAUCCUCUGUCUGUCUCUCUGGCUCUGGCUCUGUCUUCGUUACCAUGGCGUCUCACUCUCUAAGUGAAGAACUCUUUGCUGUUUGUUUUGGUUGAGGCGUUGGUUCCAUUUGAUGCCCCCACCGCCCC